AAGUUGAGUUUGAAGCCUUAGCAUCGUUAGCUUUAGCUUAGCCAGUCGGUUACCAAGGUAACGUUAGCUGGCUCCGUUAUGUUUCCUCUUUAAAAGCAGAUUUUGUCUUUGACUCGUUCGUUUUGUGUCGUUGUGGUUUGAGCCGAUUCAAAGCUCAGGAAACGACAGCAGAGACUCACACAGACACACAAACACACACACAAACAACACUGAAGGACAACAUGCUCUGAGGACUCCAGCAGAAUCACACUAAAGGAACAUCUCAGUGGAUCUGGACCUGUGGAGCAGAGAGCAGGACAUGGAGCAGUACAUCAUCCUGGGUCGGGUCGGAGAAGGAGCUCAUGGCAUCGUGUUCAAGGCCAAACACGUCGAGACAGGAGAGACAGUGGCUCUGAAGAAAGUGGCUCUGAGGAGGCUGGAGGACGGCAUCCCUAACCAGGCUCUGAGGGAGAUCAGGGCUCUGCAGGAGAUUGAGGACAACCAGCAUGUGGUGAAGCUGAAGGACGUCUUCCCUCACGGUACCGGCUUCGUCCUGGUGUUUGACUUCAUGCUCUCUGACCUGUCUGAGGUCAUCAAGAACUCCCAGAGGCCUCUGACCCCGGCGCAGGUCAAAGGUUACAUGAUGAUGCUGCUGAAGGGCGUCGCCUUCCUGCAUCACAACAACAUCAUGCACCGGGACCUGAAGCCAGCGAACCUCCUCAUCAGCUCCUCAGGGCACCUGAAGAUCGCAGACUUCGGUCUCGCCCGACUCUUCAGUGAGGAGGGAGAAAGACUGUACAGCCACCAGGUGGCCACCAGGUGGUACAGAGCUCCUGAGCUGCUGUACGGAGCCAGAAAGUACGACGAGGGAGUCGAUCUUUGGGCGGUCGGUUGUAUUUUCGGGGAGCUACUGAACUCGUCUCCUCUGUUUCCUGGAGAGAACGACAUCGAACAGCUGUGCUGCGUCCUCAGAGUGCUGGGAACGCCAACGCAGGACAGCUGGCCCGAAAUCGUUGAGUUACCAGAUUAUAAUAAAAUCACCUUCAAGGAGAAUCCAGCGAUCCCAUUGGAGGAGAUUGUCCCUGACACGUCCCCUCAGGCCAUCGACCUGCUCUACAAGUUCCUGGUGUAUCCGUCCAAACAGCGCUGCUCGGCCAGACAGGCCCUCCUCCAUCCAUACUUCUUCUCCUCCCCACUUCCUGCUCACCACUCAGAGCUGCCCAUCCCUCAGAGGGGGGGCCGACCCCCCCGGCAGCGCCUGCAGGCCCCGCCUACUGACUUCUCAGUGGACUUGCCCCUGCAGAACAGCGUGGUAGACCCUGCACUGCUGCAGGGACACGCCUCCUGCCUCUGAACUAACAAACAUGGUUAUUUAUUGUUGUCAGUUUCAAAGAUGUCGUCUUUAUUUUCAACUGUAAAUAAAGUUUGCGAUUCAAUAGAUGUAACAUAGGACAUGUCUUCCUGUUUGUCUGUAAUAUUUUAAUGUUUCCGCCUCAAUGUGAGAAGAAGCUUCAGAUCAAAUAUGUUGUUGAUGGCACCUGAUGGAAUUCUACAAAUAAAACUGAGGUUUGAUUCUGA